AUGUCGCCCGUUGAACUUAGUCAUUCGCGGAAGAAAAUCUCGAUCACUCUUUCCUCCGUCGAUCAUCUCGAACUCUCGAUGUGGCACCUCGUAUCCCUUGUUGAUGCAUCACGCACUGAAAUCGCGCAUGGAACUCGCCACCAGAACGAUCGUGAUUGGAUACAGGAGAUUUUCGAGGACACAGCUGAACCUUGUACUCGUCCCCACCAUUCAUCGUCGACUUCCGCAACGGGCUCGCAAAGUGGAACAGCUACAAGCACCCUCGGUCGCUCGCUUCCCGUAUCCCUCGCCCAGGAACAAGAAAAUCAGCAGGCAGCAAGCGUGGGCCAAGGCACUCUAGCGUGUGCUGACCCGAGAGAUCGGUACGCACCGAUUGGUACCUGUCCCAAUCCUCCCAAUGCUGAGCAGCGUAAGUCUGACCUGGCGCAAGGAACGAAGACAAGGAUCUGGACGAGGGAAUAUAGUUUCCUGAUUCUUCGUCCGAUGUGGUAUUCACAAAGGGCUGGUAUGAAUGCGUUUGGUCACUCUUCCCAGAGAUCCACCGAAAGCAUAGUAGUUUCAGCAAGAAACGAGAUGUGGGUAGUGGCCCCGUGGCUUGUCACCGAAACCGCUCCCUCGUUGAUGUCUGCCCCCCGUUUGGUGUUUGAGUUGAACGUCAUCUAA